AUGGCUGCAAACCCGGUUACCAAGAAUGGACUGUUUGUCCACCAUAACACCACUGCUCCUGAGCACCCCAGCCUCAUGAGCAUGUUCUCCCUCAAGGGCAAGACCGCCAUUGUUACCGGUGCAGGUGCCGGUAUCGGCCUGGCUGUUGCCGAGGGGCUGGCUGAGGCUGGCGCCAAUGUAGCCAUGUGGUACAAGAGCAAUGCCAAGUGUGUCGAGCGGGCCGCUGAGAUCGCCCAGAAGUAUGGAGUUCAGACCAAGGCUUACCAGGUUGAGGUCACCGACGCAAAGGCCGUUGAGCAGACCGUGAAUGAUGUUGUCAAGGACUUCAAUGGCCGUCUCGAUGUUUUCAUUGCCAACGCUGGUAUUCCCUGGACUCAAGGUCCCAUGGUCGACGGUCCCCUCGAACACUACCGCGAUGUCGUCGGCAUUGAUCUCGAUGGCACCUUCUACUGUGCUAAGGCCGCCGCCAACCACUGGCGCCGCCAGAAGGAGGAGGGCACAGACGCUAACGGCAACAAGCUCACCAACUUCACAUAUGGAAGCUUUGUUGCUACUGCCUCCAUGAGCGGUCACAUUGUCAACUUCCCUCAGAUGCAAGCCGCCUACAACGCCGCUAAGGUUGGCGUCAUUCACCUCUGCAAGUCCCUUUCCGUCGAAUGGGUUCGUUUCGCUCGCGCCAACACUGUAUCGCCUGGUUACAUUGCGACUGAAAUCUCCAGCUUCGUGCCCGAUGAGACUAAGGAUAUCUGGCGUGAUAAGAUCCCCAUGGGUCGUGAAGGUGAAGCCCACGAGCUGAAGGGUGCCUAUCUCUACUUGGCAUCUGAUGCUUCCACCUACACCACCGGAGCUGAUCUCAUUGUUGACGGUGGCUAUUGUGCCCCUUAA